UAUUUAACGUGGUCAACUCCCAAUACAGCAGUGAACUGCGCUCCACGUACGCUGCAUUUCUUAAUAAGCUAGUAACCAAAAUUAUAAUCCUAACUUACUUGUGAUGAUCAUGAUCUUCCUCGUAUAUCUGAAGCUAUCCCCCAACACAAGACGACUUCCUCCAAAAACCAGAAAAUCAAACAUACUAUAAUGUCUUUUUUCAUGUUUUUCAAACAUCUCUUUCGUCUGUCUGAAGCACAAAUCCUGAAUUCUCCCUUUGCCGCCGCCUACUUUUACCUAGGACAAAUGCAUGCAGCAAAUUAACCUUAUCUCUUGAUCAUGGCAUCCACACGGUUGCUUUGAACAGGAAUUUAACUUAUAUUUAUAUCCAUUGCAAGAAAGCGGCUUGGGUUCUCCAUAUAAAAGAACACCCACCUUCAUUCCUUUUCAUUAUCGGCCUUUUGAUAUAUAUCUACAGAUAGAGUUGAUUAUCUGUGACUUUCUUUCUCUGCAGAACUUUGAGAGAAAUAUGAUGAUGAAUCUUGGUUGCUUUUUGAACUUCUUCGUCCUAGUUUCAUGGACUUUCAUGGCUAGUACUAUUUCUGAAGCAGACCCGGACCCUACCCGAAUGACUAGUGCCUUGCUCAUAAGAGUUGACCAGUCAGGUAAGGGAGACUUCCAGAAAAUACAGGACGCCAUUAAUGCAGUGCCCUCAAACAACUCGGAGCUUGUGUAUAUUUGGGUGAAGGCUGGGAUAUACACAGAAAAGAUUGUUGUGCCUGCAGACAAGCCCUUCAUAACAAUAAGUGGAAGAAACGCAGCUGAGACUGUGAUCACAUGGAAGGAGGGAGGGGAGAUCUAUGAGUCUCCAACGUUUUCUGUCUUGGCUUCCGAUUUUGUUGCAAGAUCCCUCACCAUCCAGAAUACAAAUGGUGGUAAAGCUGUUGCACUGUGGGUUGCGGGAGAUAGGGCAGCAUUCUAUGGUUGCCGCAUCAUGUCUAAUCAGGAUACCCUACUUGAUGAUACUGGAAGGCAUUAUUACAGAAAUUGUUAUAUACAAGGAGACACUGACUUUAUUUGUGGAAAUGCUGCUUCUCUCUUUGAGAAGUGCCAUCUGCACUCGUUGUCGGACCUUGCCGGAGCUAUCACAGCCCAACGGAGGGAGUCGCCGUCGGAAAACACAGGCUUCACCUUCUUAGGUUGCAAGAUCACCGGCGUAAAAAGCGCCGUCCUUGGAAGGCCAUGGGGUCCCUAUUCAAGGGUCGUCUUUGCCUUUACGUACAUGUCAAGUAUAGUGCUGCCCCAGGGUUGGGAUGACUGGGGAUCAGCUUCCAAUCAAAAAACGUCAUACUACGGGGAAUACAAGUGUUAUGGAGCAGGAGCUAAUACGUCGAAAAGGGUACAGUGGUCUCACAGUCUCAUGACGGUCCAAGAAGCAGCCCCAUUCUUGACAAUGGACUCUAUUGGUGGCAAAAGUUGGAUUAGGCCAUCCCCAACCAGUUUCAAGAAAUUCCCUACCAUUUCUAAUUAGAAUAUAUUAUUAUUAAUCAUGGGCAUGUUGAUGAAAUUAAUUAUAUUCUUUUCAAGUAAAAUUUAAAAUCUCUCAUUGUUUGUAA